GGCCCUUGGGCGGGGCCCGCGGAGGCGGAGCUGCUGGCCCGGGGCCUGGGAACAGUUCGCUCGCAGCUGCUGUGAGUCCCUGUCCUGCGCCCGGCCAGAUUACUCCUCGGACCCGGACUUCCUCGUAAGCUCCGAGCUCUCUACGAGCGGCAGAGACGCCGGCGCCCAGCCCGACGGGCGCCCUCUGCCAGCCUCGCCCUCGGGCGAUGGUGCCAUGUCCGCCAAGGUGCCCAUCUACCUGAAGCGGGGCAGCCGCAAGGGGAAGAAGGAGAAGCUGCGGGACCUGCUGUCGUCGGACAUGAUCAGCCCGCCGCUGGGCGACUUCCGCCACACCAUCCACAUCGGCAGCGGCGGCGAGGGGGACAUGUUCGGCGACAUCUCCUUCCUCCAGGGCAAGUUCCACCUGCUCCCGGGCACGGGGGGCGAGGGGCCCGACGACGACGACGACGGCGCCUUCAACCUCCCCUUCCAGUUCGCCCGCACCGCCACGGUGUACGGGCGCGAGCCGCUGGGCUUCUCCGACGGGCACUCCCCCCUGCUCAAGAAUGCCAUCUCCCUCCCGGUCAUCGGCGGCCCCCAGGCCCUCACCCUGCCCUCCGCGCAGGCCCCCCCCAAGCCCCCCCGCCUGCACCUGGAGCCCCCGGCCCCGGCCGCUGGGGAGAGCGAGGACUCGGCAGCCUGGAGGACUCGGGAGCCGGACUCUCCCCGGAACGGCUUCGUGCCUGAGCGGGACGGCGAGGAGCCCUUCCUGUCCCAAGCCAGCUCCCUCCUUUCCCUGCACGUGGACCUGGGACCCUCCAUCCUGGACGACGUGCUGCAGAUCAUGGACCAGCACCAAGACCCAGACAGAGUCGAGACCCCCACAUAAACCCUGGGAGCGGGGCAGGGCGGGGAGGGGGCGCCGCCUUCACUCCGACGAUCGCGGGGCAGAUCGCUUCUCACUCGUGCCUCAGUUUCCCCCGCUUCGUCCCACGGACAGGACGAGGUUUUGAGCCUCGGAAGAAAAGCACUUUGCACUCCUCGGGACAAGUAGGGGCCCCUCCGGGCCGAGGCGGGCUCAGCGCCCUUCUCGCGGCCCAGCUGGCGGGAGCCAGUUCUCUCUUCCCUCGGCUAGGAUGUGGGUGACGGUGCCGACGGUUCAAGAACGGACCGCAGGGAUCCCCCAGCCCCGGCCGGCGGGCAGCUGUCUUCUAGACUCCGCUUGGCCUCUGGGCUCUGUGUCAGCCCGUCCCCUCCCCCCUUACAGUGAGCUGUGAUUGCAAUAAACCGUGCUGGACCGGC